GCGCUGCGUGAAGGUUGUGUACGUGUUUACUGUAUCGACGUGUGUCCCGCGUAAAAGCGUAAACCCGUCGCGAAUGUGGUAAUUAGAUCUAACGUGAUUAAAAAUUACCUUAGAUUGUUUUGUGUGUAACCCAUAAGUGGAUUUGUUGUGUAUUGUUAUUUAUCGUACAUUGUAUGUGUGUGUGAAACGAACGUUAUUUUUUUUCUGUGCGCCCCACUUGGAUUUUUCUUCAUCUCCGUUUUUGUAAUGGCGUAGCGUAAUGGAGGGCGAGUGCACGGAGGAGGGCUGGCUGCUGGUACGAGUGCACGUGCCCGAGCUCAACGUGCAGAAGAGCCUGCAGUUCUCGCGCGACCAGCUCGUGUGGGACGUGAAGCAGCAGUGCCUCGCCGCCUUGCCUAAGGUGGCCACUUGGUAUCGGGACUUGAAAGAGAGCUUCAACUAUGGUCUGUUCUGCCCACCAGUCAACGGCAAGGCCGGGAAGUUUCUGGACGAAGAGCGGCGCCUCGGAGACUACCCCUUCAACGGACCCAUCGGACACCUUGAGUUGAAGUACAAGAGGCGAGUGUACAAGAUGCUGAAAUUAGACGACAAGACGAUGAAAGUACUGCAUUCGCGAGCUAAUCUACGUCGGUUCAUGGAACACGUGACGCACGGACAAAUCGACAAGAUCACCAAGGCCUGCGCAAAGGGACUCGAUCCCAAUUUCCACUGUCAAGACACUGGCGAAACUCCUCUGACCGUAGCAGCUGGCCUUAAAUCACCAGCUAAAGUACUAAUAGCCCUUGUUAACGGUGGAGCACUUCUGGACUAUCGAACUAAAGAUGGCACCACGGCAAUACAUCGAGCAGUUGAAAAGAACUCUUUAGAAGGGGUCAAAACUUUAUUAGAACUUGGCGCAUCACCCAAUUACAAAGAUGGCAAAGGAUUAACGCCCUUAUAUCUGUCAGUUACGAAUAAAACCGACCCAUUGUUAUGUGAGACAUUGCUUCACGACCACGCGACGAUUGGGGCCACUGAUUUACAAGGAUGGCAGGAAGUUCACCAGGCAUGUCGAAACGGUCUCGUCCAGCACCUCGACCACCUACUAUUCUACGGCGCUGAUAUGAACGGCCGCAACGCUUCCGGCAAUACGCCGCUACAUGUGUGCGCUGUCAACGCACAAGACUCAUGCGCGAGACAACUGCUUUUCAGAGGAUGCGAUAAGGAGUCGUUGAACUUCGCUAAUCAAACGCCAUACCAAGUUGCAGUAAUAGCUGGGAAUUUAGAACUGGCGGAGGUGAUAAAGAAUUACAAAUCGGAGGAAGUUGUGCCGUUCCGCGGGCCGCCUCGAUACAACCCGAAGAGACGAUCAGCUGCCUGGGGAGGCUGGUGGAACGCCGGGGACAGGUCGUCUCUUGCCUCCUCCACGAGGAUUCCCGCUGAACUCGACGCCAUAUUGCGAAGGCCGCAAGGGUCAACGAACUCCCCCUGCAGCCUCGAAAGACCAUUCUCGUCCGCCUCAUCAAGUAUCAGUGACGCGUCCCAUCCGAGUCACGAAGACGAUGCGAGCAUAUUAACAGAUAAGAGCGCGGGUGACACAAGCGACAUCAUCUCUGACUCGUCGGGUGUCGGCACCAGCAACUCUGACACCACCACGUGCUCGCUGCAGACCGCCGCGACAGUGGUGUGUCUGACACCUUACGAACCGCUGCCUGCUGCUGCGGCCCACGGGCAUCUUCGGCUCAACCAGGGAGACAUCAUCGAAGUAACCGGCGCGACAGACGACGGGUUUCUCGAGGGUUCAGUGCGAGGCAGUGGCGCCAGUGGGCUGUUCCCCACACACUGCGUUCAGGAGGUGCGGCUUCGGCAGAACGCUCAUCUGCACCAGGUGCUAUCAUCAGGACCAAUCCAUCAUUCCCGAGUGACUGGCAGGCGAGAAAUGGCGCUAAGCAAAACUUACAGUGCGACAGCUCCCAGGAUAAAGAAAUCAUAUGGUAAUAUGGAAACUAGAACUGUAGUACUACAUAGGGCGCGGCGAGGUUUCGGCUUUGUUCUUCGCGGUGCCAAGGCGUCAUCACCUCUAAUGGAGUUACGACCUUCAGAGCGAUGUCCAGCGUUGCAGUACCUUGACGAUGUGGACGCAGGUGGCGUUGCUGACCGCGCGGGGCUGAAAAAAGGAGACUUUCUAAUAGCGAUCAACGGUGAAGACGUGUCGGCUGCAUCGCACGAGCAUGUCGUAGAGCUCAUACGUAGUUCCGGCGCGCUUGUCUCGAUGACGGUCGUCUCCCUGCACAGCCAUAUUAGCAAUGAAAACAACACCUGCACUGUGCCGACGAGUAAAUCCCAAAAUCAGCUGUCAAGUUCAGGAAGACCGUACGCCGCAACCUUGCCCAGAAAAACCGCUGGCGGUCGCAGCCCAGCGCCCGCACCGCCUCGUCGCGACCCUCGCACCACACUGAGCGUGGGCCGCGCUAGAGCUAAAUCAAUGGUUGCUGGGUUAGAAAAUGGAGGUGAAAAGGAAGAAAGCUGUGAACCUUUAAGCGUAGCUGGCAAGUCGUCGUCUGCUGAAUCAGUGCAGUUACACGGUAACAGUAAUAGUGGUACACCCAUGUCUGGUACGCCGGUAGCGCCUCGAACUGCGUCGAUACGCGCGCGGCCCGUUUCCGGACGCAUUACAGCUGCCGAACUCGAAGAGCUGUUCCAGAGACAAGCGGAUGCGGAUAACACGAGCAGUAUUGGCGCCAUGAUGACGCGAUCAGCUUUCCAAAGUGGUGCGGGACCCUCACCGCCUUGUUCGCCCGCUAGACCCCCAGGAAAAGUGUAUGCGUCCGUGGCGGAGAUGAAACGGAAUAAGGGGAAAUUCUGGAGCAAAUCUUCAGGCUCCCUUCGACGCGACUUUCACUCGACGCCUGACUUGGCAGUCGAGCUCGCUACACACCCACCGAGGACGCGAUCUAGUGAAGACGUACAUGGUUCACAACGAGGUCCACCACCUGCGGAAGCCCCGCCGCCGCCCCCAGACGCCCCGGCGUCGUCGUUCCGGCCCGCCGCUGCAGCCAAGUUGUAUGCGUCGCCGCGGGAUCUCGCCGCCGUCGCCUACCGCUCCGCCAAUAACAACGAACAUACGUUGCGCAAAGCGGGUCCGCUACGCUCGUGGUCCGGGCCGGCGCGAGCGCACUCUGCGGAUGAUGCGUCACAUCAGUACGCACAGCCUAUAAACCUACACAAAGGAUUUUUGCGGCAGAACUCGACCCCAGCGCCCCCAAUCCCUGAACCCGACUACAGCAUGUCAGAGUCAGAUGACGACACGGCGCCCAAACCUAAGAGUGAGCCUGCACCCGUCGCGGAAACCAGCGCCAACAGUAAUACCAGCGGCAGCAGCACUGGUUCAAGCUCAAUGCAGCAUUCAUUCUCCGUGGACGAGAUUCAAAAGAUCCGGACUCGCUUGAAAUCGUCCAAAUCCUGCGGCGACGAACUAGGCGGCGUAGAAAGAGAUGACGGAGACAACUCGUCGUCUGGAGUCUCGUCAGACCAAGAGGCCCAAGCAAGACCACCUAGACGAGACAAAGUGUCCUUCUGCGCUUCGGUUACAGUAAAAUCUUCCAAUGACGUCAUCAGUACCGAACCUGUUCACAGCUCCUCAGAAAGUUUAGCGACUCCCCCACCGCCUAUGCAACGGCAUAAUUCCUUAACACGUAAGAGGGCAACUGCUGCACUUUUGCGAGGAAGCGUAGGAGGCGCUAGGGGGAGAUCGGCAGCAGAAAGACUAGGUGUCGAUAUCGAUAAAGCUCCUGGGAGACGAGGUCGAGCCGCCGUUUCCCUAGCUGAACUUCCCCCGCCCCCUGAAGAGCCGGCUCCAUUACCCGGUGCGGAAGGAACCGCGCCGGUUCUAGCCCCACCUCCUCAAUUUAGUGACCGCGUGAGAGUCGUCGCUGCUCUGCCCAAAUUAGCCCACCUGCAGUGAGCUGGCAACCACGAGCGAAUCGCCCCAUAAGCAAGGGUAACUGCGAUGCGGUGAUUACAACCUCCGAAAAAUCUUCGACAGAUAAAUUAUUUAUGUAUGAGAAUAUCGGUACGAAAUAAUGGUCAUCAUAUGCAGUCGAAGGUCAUUGACCAAUGAUAUAGGCAAUCAGCAUUGAGAUAAUUGUCGUCCUUGAAUAACUCCGCAAGGCUCAAGCACAGCUUCUAUACGCUCACCACAAAAAAAGAUCGAGAACGCUAUAGCAUACAUGUAACUCAUUUUUGAUUCCUGUGACAGCCAUGCUAAUAAGGCCAAAAGAAACUUAAGAUCCGCUUUAAUGUUCACCGAAUCGGCUAUUCGGUAUGUGUGAUGUGCUUAAGCAGUGCGUCGUAAGUCAGUGAUGACCGUAAAGGUGUCCAUUACGUACUAAUUUUAUUUCUGGUGGCCGAAGUAUGCUCUCGAUAUUAAAAGUGAUAUCUAUUGCAUUUUUGUCAAGUGUGAAAUAUUUGUAGUGCUUUCAAAAUUAAUGUAAAUGAAUCACUAAUUUAAUUUCAUCACAUUGUAGAAGUAAGAUUAAAAGGUGUGACUGAACGCAUGAAAGGUACAUAGAAAAUUAGGGAAUUGAAAAUGUGUAUACUCUUUAUUCCGGAUAGAAAAUUAGUAUGAAAUGCUGAUUCUGUGUGACAUUGAUAUAGUAUGUGAACUCCCACUAAGUAAACCAUAUGACCACAAAUUGGCUUUAAGUUUAAUACAAAUAUCAUAUUCCAGAAGUUCGUCAAAUCCGUAAAAAAUAAAUACAUAUUUACGGAUAGUUUGAGCGGUAUUUAGAACUGUAUCCUUAUUUUUAGAUUUCAAUCCUUGGAAACGUCGAUGGGAUUUUAAGUAUAGAUGCACUAUCAAAGAAAAAUGGACUUAAUUUUUCUGGUUUUAAAUGCACAUCUGGGUUACGGGAUUCGAAGCAUUGUUUUCAUAUCGUGGAUAUUUUAUUAAUGGUAAUGCCUUUGUUUAAUUAGAUAUGUAUCAAAAUGACCUAAAGGCUAACGUAGUGGAGGCUCAUUGUUCGGUUGCCAACUCUAGAAUCCAUGAUGUUGUGUGGAACGACCCCACACUUCCUUUGCCUUAUAGGAGGGUUCAUGAAACUACUACUUUUCUGAAAUACAUAAAUGUGUAGUUGUCUGGAGAAGCUCGCUAGGUAGUUAAUGCCCUGUAGGUGGUAGGUUCUUUAUAAAAUUUUCUACGCGGGUGUUUUUCAAAAUUAAGAAUUAUGUUUAUUGUACCUUGCCAUUAUAAUUCAUCGGUAGAUACUAAAAUCCUAUUUACGCUCGUGAGGUGCAAUCUUAAACUAGGGGUACUAAACUUACCAUUCAUAGACGAAAUAAAGAAGAGUUACCUUCAAAUCGAGCUCACUUUAAGUCACAAGUGCCAACUUUGAAGAACUACGGUCUGAUUGCUACAAACCUUUGAAACUUAAACUUAAACCAAUAUUUAUUGAAAGAGUUUCAUAAAGUACCAUUUUAAAAUAUCCUUAUCCAUGAAAAUCACACGAUGCACCUAUACCUACACAUAUUAAGUUAUAUUGUGAACUAUAUUUGAUGGACAUUGUUAUUAUCUUAUGGGUCGUAGUAUACAUUCUGACUUUGUGCACUUUCGCCGUAGUGUAAAGCCGAUCCGAACCGAGCCGAGCCACUUGCAACGUAUUAUUCAUAUACAAUUGGAAAUGAGAAUUCGCUGAAGAGAUGUCUCCCAGGGCGCUUCUGAAUGACCUUACAUUAUUAACUUCUAACACACACGUUCAUUUUUCUUAGAAGGUACGCUCUUGGCGAUAUCUAGGUAGUUGUAACUAUCCAGAGAGAAAAGCUUCCGUCAAUGGGCGAUCUGCCAUACGCUCUGGUGCUUUUGACUCUUUCUUAGGCAUCGACGUUAAAAAUAAAAAAAAAUGUACAUUUAUCAAUAUAUAAAUAACAAAAUGUAGGUCACAAAUUGUAAUAAAGUUGGGUUGAAGUUUAAAUGACAUAUAGAAUACCCAUUUCCAAUAGUACAAUGUGCUGAUUUGCAAAACAAAGAAGACGAAAAUAUACGUUGCUCGCGGCUUAUCUUGAAAUACGCAUCAGCUUUAGCGUGAGCUGUGACGCAGUUCUUAUGUGGAAAAGAAAACGCGUAGCAAGCGUGAAAAAUAAACUUUUACAAUCAAAUGACUAAAUGAAACCAAAGAUUUAUAGUAUUUAUUGUUGAGGAGUUAACAUUGAUAUAGUUGAAGCUAAUUUUUAUACAUUCCCUUAUUAAAUAUAGUAUUAUUAUUAUUAUUAUAUUAUGAAUAUACAAUAUGUAUGUCCUCUGAACAUUAUCGAUUGGAAUAUAUGGUUACCGAAAUAGAUUGCUGGGCUUACGCUACCAUUCUUUAUCUCUGCGGACCAAAAGACAAUUCUUUUCACUUUACCCAAAAAUAUAUCUACUGCUAUCGGUUUACGGUAUUUGUCCCUCAGUACUCCCAACAUAGCCAGCUGCAGUGCGCGCUGGGCAAUCUGUUGGAAUAAAUAUUUUGGUCGACAUUUACGCCGCAUAUACUCUAUUACAAUAGGAAUACAUAUUUGUAAAGAAUUCCAUAUUUAUAAAGAAUUCCAUAUUUAAGAUUUGGGAAAUUGACAUUUCACUUGUUAUAACCCAGUUUAAUCCUUCUCUCAGAUUACUUAUUGAAGCUGUUUUAAGUGGUUUAAAUUGGCCUUUCUUGUACUUUCAUUAAUAACUUCUAAAGCUUCCAAUACCACUCACCAUACUGUACCUGCUCGAACGGGAAUGACUUGGAGUUAGCGUAGCAUUUAAUGCCAAUGAGUCAGACCAUCAAUUUUCGUUACGAAAUCCCAACAAUUAUUUUCGAUGCCCUUGUAUCAUCGAUAUGUUUCUAUUUAGUCUCCGAUGUGUCAAAAUCUUCCCCAACUGUUGCUAGAGAUGUAUUUAUUUUCAAAUUCUACUUUAUCCCAUUAUGACCUUUUAAAACGCAACCAAGUGCCAUCGUGUCUAUGAUUUUAUAAUAUUUUUUUAAAUAAUAUUAUAUAAUUAAUAUAUUUGUAAAUAGUUUAACGAGAGCUAUAAUUCGAAAAUGUAAAAAAGAGUGGACUGUAAUAUGCUAUACACAAAAUAUGUCCGGCCAACAAAGAACGAUAUAUUAUUAUGAUAUUAUAAUCGCGAUAAAUAUAAAUAUAGUUGGUUAUAAACGAAUUCUAUUAUAUGUUAAAAUGAAGAAUAGCCAGUUAUGAAACAUUUGCGCAAACUUUUUUAUUAAAAUCCAGGCGUAUAUUUUAAGCUGGAGUUUGAAAUUUAUGCCGAGAUUCAUAAAUAAAGCACAAGUGUAUCAUUCAACGUUUUUCAAGGCAUUUGUAUGAAAAAGGCAACUAAAGCUAUGAAACUACUCAAUACUAAGGCUGGCUAGCCUUUGAAAGCUCCAAAAAUAUUUGAAAAGUCUGACUUUCUUUAAAGUUUUGAAAAUGGUAAAUAGCCAGUCAGUUAACAAACAAAUGAAUUGCAAAACGGUUUAUUCAUUAAUUUCAUUCGUCCAUGAAUAUAUUGAGAGGUCCACUCUUGUGACGCUAGGUAUUGGAAUUCAUGCAACUCGUCAAGGUGCAAGCCGGCAACUUGAAUGUGUUCACAUUGAACUUAGUGCUCAUUCAAUGCUUUAGUGCGUCAUCCGUUCCAUUAUAAUGUAAUUAUAUAUUAGCUCGUAUCUAGCGUGACGUGAUUCCAAACAGCUAUUUAUGAAUGAGGAUUUUUGAUUACGAACCUAGAUUUUCAAGUACCUAUCUGUCAAAACCUAUUCGCAGUUGGCCAGUGUAGAGAAGAGAUCCGAGCCCUAUAAUGGCCGGGUGAUGAGUAUUACUGUCAGCCGUCGUCGAUUCACAGAUUUGACGUUUGCAGACGUCUCAGGGUGUAAUCGUUAACAAAUACAUGUCCAAAAAGAUACCUUUAUCCACAAAUGGACAAUUUCAGGAAUUUCACUGCGUUUGCACUGCGUAAGUAUUCAGCUAACUGAGAUCUGCUGUUUUGUCUAACGCGAGAUUUCAGCUGUUGCUAGAUACCACUGUAGGUACUGCCAAGCGAUUUACCAAGUAGGUUUCUGGGUCAAUAUAACCGCCGUAUACCUAACAGGUUAGCCCGCUAUCAUAUUACACUGCAUCAUUUACCUUCAGUUGAAAUUGCAGUUUAGGGCCACUUCUAGGUCUGCAAAAAAUGCAAUUUUCUGUGCUGGGUAGCCUAUUGUUGGGAUGGAUACUACUUUUGGAAUGUAGCAUCCGUUUAUUGUUUCUCUAAGUUAGGUAGUGUUUAUGGAUGAGGACCAAAUCUUAGUAAACGAUAUUUACUUACAAUUGUGUAUUCUGCUGUAAAUAAGGUUGUGCAACGGUAAAAAUUACGGUCCUGAUCCUUAUAUUCACUGUGCUUAAUUUCUCACCAGAUUAUUGAAAAAUUCUAGUGCAGUUUAGCUGUUACUUUAAAUGUCGCUUCAGUAGUUAGGUUCUCUGUUGCAUGAUAGUUGAUUGACCCUGAUUAAGUCAUUCAUAGCUGUUCGAGAUCGCGUUACAAUGAUAAAAAAUCUUACGAAUAUAUUUAACACCAAUAUUAAUGUUUUUAUACUCCAAUUAUUUGCUUGGGUAGAUUUAGAAAGCGUGCUGCGAGUUUUCAUAAAAAUGAAAAGAGGCCCUUUUUCACUAUGACGGUGAUAAUUCCAUUUGUGACGUCAACUUGAAGUGUCAAGUCAAGCCUCAACAAGGGUUGUGAAGGUGACGCCAAAAAUUGCAGUCAAAGGUAUCAAAGUGAAUAAGGGCAUAGGGAAUUAAGGACGUGUUGAAUCAAUUUUCUUCGUGAAAGUUUAUAAAACUGUCCCACUGCGUAAGAUGCGCUAGUCCUAAUAAAAUUUUCUCUCUGAUAGCAAAAUACUUUAAAACAGUGGUUACUAGAUAGCUGAUAUAUUCAUCAACUAACGUCUGUAACGGACGCCUAAACUUUGAAACUUAUUUAGGGGUGAUCGGUCUAACAUGGAUUUUGAAUAGCAUAACGCGCAGCUAAGCUUUCUUAGUUUAAAGUACACACUGCCUAUCGGCCAAUGAAAUGCAGCCUUUAUCGCAGCUAUUGUAAUCUAGCACUUAUUUCGAAGAGCUAAAGUCCACAUCGGCCUGGAUGUAUUGCAAUAAUUAAAACGUCGACUCGGUGGCGUUAGAAUUUAGGAAUUGCCUGUGGAUGGAAUUAUCGUUUACAUAAUAUUCUAGUUGAGUAUGCACAAGGCUGGGUGUAACUUAUUCAUUUUUUAACUUCACUUUUGAUAACUCUUAUACAGUAUUUAAGAUUUAGAGAGGAUUUAGACAUAAGACUGCCGCGGUUGAAUGGUUUAAAAUUUUUGUAACUUUAAUAGACUUAACGUGAGAAUUGAUAUAGGGGUAACAUAGUCGGCGUAGACGGUCCAACCUUGUGCGUACUCAGGGUAAUCUUAGCCAAAUUCUAGCAAAUUAAUAUCUAGCUCGAGUCGAGUAUUUUAGCGGGUUGCCGUAGUACCCAUUAUAUAUUAUUAGCACAAUCAAAUAAUUUCUAAUAAUUAUUAUCGGUGUAUUAUUAUUAUUAUUAUUGAGUUAUAGUCUUCUUGUCAUUAAUUUAAGUUGUAUAAAUGUAUUGUCUACUUAAGGCAUAGAUAGGUAGUGGUAAUUAUAUUAGGGCAAUAUGAUGAUUCUAGAUUAACCAAGUGGAGAAGUCGUCGGGAAUGUCUUGGCAUAACGCAUAGUUUUCACUUCAGAAGUAAACCUUGAAUCCUUGAAGCUGGUUUAAAAGUGGUGCUAUCCUUUUCACAAUAUUCUUAAAACGAAAGCAUUAUUUUUAUACCUAACAAUUUUCAUUCAUUCGGUAGAUGUCGUGCUAUCUCAUUCGGACUUUUAUAAAUCCAUUCUUUAACAGCGCGGAUAAUAUAACUGAUUUAACUAAAGUUCGAUUUUUAAAAUUUUAUAUUUAUGUAGACAUCCUGCCUGAUUUUAUUUUCUCGUUUGAAGAAGGUUUGUGUAUUAUGUUAACUUGUUUUAUAAAUUCUGAAGUGUAUAUAUUGCGGCCCAUGCCAGGAUGGUCCCUAUACAUUUUGUAUAAUAUAUACCAACAAUUGUGUUUAACGUUUCAUUUGAAUCUCAGUAUCGGACGUGUAACUACAACUUGGUAUAAUUUCAAAUGAAAAUUAAAUGUUUCAUCACUA